CUUUUAAAUCCUGGUUGCCCUGUGUUCUUGCUAUUAACAAGAUGGCGUUUGUUUUGUUGCGUGGCCUAAAAACUGAAUGGUUAAGGUUCUGCCUUAUAUUGUUGCUGGCUGAGACUCUGUUAGGAAAUAUCAAAGCACCAGUUUACCAGGAACAUGACUUCAUCUCAAAUGUACCAGAUUCCCCCCAUUUCGUUAUGUUUUUCGCACCAUGGUGUAGCCACUGUGAAAGACUUUCCCCUCUUUGGGAUAUUUUAGCAAAUCAUUUUGAAAUGAAAGGAGCCCCAGUUGUUGUAGCCAAGGUUGAUUGUACAACAGACACACAUCUCUGUGCACAAGAAAAUAUAAAAGCAUAUCCAACUCUUAAAUUUUUCAACAAUGGACAGAAGGCAACGUACAGAGGGAGCAGAGAUGUUUCAGAAUUUAUUGAAUUCAGUAAUAAACAAACAUUCAAUGAAGGGACUGUUCAAGAAUCAGCUGACGAGCUUGUAAUGGAGUUAGACACCUAUAGAUUUGAAAAAGAAAUCCAAGAGGGUUUAAAAAUAGUCAAUUUCUAUGCCCCAUGGUGUUCCCAUUGUAAAAAGCUUGCUCCAACAUGGCAACAGCUUAGUAAAGAGUUUCAGUACUCUCUUGAUGUCCGGAUACUAAAGGUUGACUGCGAGAAAGAAAAAUUGCUGUGUAAGAAGUAUGAAAUCACUGGCUUUCCCAGUAUCAUUGCUUUUUCAAAUGGACUUUGGAAAGGAAAGCAUGAAGGCGGUAGGGCUAUUGAGAACCUGAGAGAGUUUGUUGAAAAAAUGAUAAAGGACCACAAUACAGAGAUGAAAGGAGAAGAAGAAAAAACUCAUGAAAUUGAUGAGACAAAGGACCAGAGCCAUCAGUCCACUGAUGAAAACCUUCCCAGUGAUCAUAGUCACGUGAGUUUUUCUAUUGCUCGUUAUCCACUUACUUGAACGAAGUUCUGAAACAAUUCUCUCAAAUCAUUCAGCGUUCCAAAUUUACAUUUUCAAAGCUCAUAAUCAUUUCAAUAAACAGCUUUUGCGGGUUGAUGAAAAUUGCUACACAUAUUUAGAAUAUUUCUUGAGGAUUAUG